CCAGAAACUCAAGGAAAAGGGGUUUGAAUAUGUAGAGUUCGACAACAUUGAAAAUUCAGAUGAAAGUGACGCUGACCAAAUCGACUACACUCGAAAAUUGGGCGAGAUCGCCGUCGCAACGGGACUCGGGCCGUUGUUUAAGAAAGCUGCCGAUCUGAUUCGCAAGGACAAGACCGUGCAGGACGAUUAUGUUGGUUUCAUAUGCGAAGAGUCGAUCCAGUGGGGGGACACGGAGGUGUUCCACGAGGUCGCCGCGGGGAAAAAGCCGAUUUAG